AUGAGGAAAAGAAUAGCUUCCUUCAAGAACUUAGCCAAGAGAGUGAACAGCAUUAACACGAGAGAAUACGGUUCCGAGUCUCCUCUGAUCGGUGAGGCAGACGACACGUCUUCCACAGCGGUUGCGUUGGCGGCCAAGACGCCUACGGGAUCUUGUGCGGUGUACGUAGGGGAAGAGCGCGUGAGACGCGUGGUGCCAACGAGCUAUCUGAAUCAUCCUCUCUUCAGGAUGUUACUUGACAAGUCAUACGACGAGUUACACUGUUUCGAGCAGAAGGUUAUGUUGGUUCUCCCUUGUAGCCUGUCCGUUUUCCAAGACGUUGUUAACGCCAUCGAGUCUUGUAACAGCAGCUUCCACUUCGGCGAUUGUGUUGAGGAGUUUCUUUGAUUUUUUAGUUAAUAAAAGAACGUUUCCAGACGUUGUUAAGGUUUCUAUCGUUUUGAUAAAACUUUAUUGCUUAGGUCUUUUUCUUUUAAUGAAAAAUAUAUAACUGUUUAUAGUACUGAUUGUGUAAUUUGUGAUGUAAUACAUUAUCCAACACCCCUUUGUUGCGUGGUGUGGAAAUUUUUUUUUCUCUCGUGGAAAUAACUAUUUAGAUAUCAAUACAUAUUUGUUC